CCAUGCUGCAUGCUGGCAGAACACGGAAGCGUGGCUUUAGCUCUAGACGUAGUUAGCACGACGGUGUCUAUUUGACAAUUUAAACAUGCCUAAAGCAGAAGUGUUGAGAGUGGCGGUGCAGGAGCGUCUAGUAGCGGCUGCUGAAGAGAUAUUCGGGCUGUUUGAGAGAACCAUAGCAGAGUACGAGGAGGAACUGUUUCGUUCAAAGCAGAAGAACGAGCGGCAACGCAAACUCCUGGACGCUGUGUUAAAACCUGAGCUUCGGUUACACAGAGCAGUAUUAUCUGCAGAUUCUCAGCAGGACCCAGAUCCCCCGCACACUGGAGAGGAACAGGGGCGGCUCUGGAGUAGUCAGGAGGGCAAGCAGCUUCAAGGACCGGCCCCCAAGAAGAGGGAAGAUGAUGAAGAUUCCUCACAGUUUCAUCAAAGGCCAACUGGAGUGAACAAAAAGGCAAAGCCUCAAGCCACCCGCUCAACUCAACCAAUGGAAAUAGAGAGCGAUGCAGAGGAGUGCGGAGGCGAUCCAGAUAGUUCUUUACAACCAGCUAAUGAUGAGACUCCAGACCAUUCCGAUCAAGGUGACACUGUAAAAUUAAAGGAGACCCAGAAAGGUGUAGCAGACUUUUCUGAGCCUGAGGCUGCAAACAGUGAUGAUGACUGGAUGGAAUCAGGGAAACCUCGGUCAGAUUUAAAAAUGCGAAGAAACAAGGGCGUUCCUGAAGUUGGUAAAGGACAUAACACUGGCAAGAAGUCUUUUAGCUGCUGUCAGUGUGGUAAAACAUUUAAAUCCAAGCACAGAAAAAGUCGUCCUGGACAGAAACCCUUUGUUUGCUCAGCUUGUGUUCAAAGAUCCAAACAGCUUGCACGUGUAGUCGCAGACAAGACCGCUCGUUCAGGGGUGAAAAGCUUCAGAUGUUCAGACUGUAAGAAAGAGUUUAGCAAUAAAGGAGAUGCUGUGAGACAUAUCCGAAUUCACAACGGAGAGAAACCCUUCGGCUGCUCCAUUUGCGGUAAAGGAUUCACACAGAGCACAGGUUUGCGCGCACACAUGAGAAUCCACACAGGAGAGAAGCCGUACGGCUGCUCUCUCUGUCCCAAACGGUUCAACCGGAGCGGAAUUCUGUCUAGACACAUGAGAGUUCAUACGGGAGAGAAGCCUUACAGCUGCUCACUGUGUAACACGAGAUUUACUCUGAGUCGGUCAUUGUUAAUACACAUGAGGAUCCAUACAGGAGAGAAACCUUUCAGCUGCUCAGUUUGUGAUAAAAAAUUUACACAGAAAGUACACCUGACACAACACAUGACACUCCACACACAGGACACGCCCUUCAGUUGCCGUGCCUGUGGGAGAACAUUCACUAGACAGUCGCGUGUGAAAAACCAUAAGUGUGUUACUAAGAGCAGCAGCAGUUAAUAAAACCACGACUGAGAAAUGGCCCACCUUGAAUGUCUUACUAUCUGCCACAAAUUGGAUUAAGUGGUAAAUAAAUGUAAAUUACAGCUUAUUAUUUUACUGUAAUGUGAUUAAUCAUAUUAAAUAAUCGUGAUGUCAACAUUGACGAAAAUAAUUGGUAUUAUCCCCACCCCCUCCCCCAUUAUAACUCUGCGCCACCAACUCGUCGACACAAAUCAUGAGGUUAGUUGAGGACAGCCCUACCAAAUGUAACCUUACCCUUCAGUAAAAUAUAUAUCACACACAAACAGGCCAUGUAUUUGAUGAAUGAAGCAUUGUUUAGACCAAAAUCUAGUAACUAAAUUGAAAAUAAGACUUAAGAGUCAGGAUCUGUCCAGUUCAGGAAAUCGUUUGGUGUUUUAGUGUGGACUGAGAAUUAAAAAAACAAUGUAAUGCAGCCUAGAAGAACUUUUAAAAAAAGAAAAAGAAAAAAGAAAUCAACAACAAUGUAAUCAAGCUAAUUCAGUUAGUUAUAUAUGAAGAACAGAGGGCUAUUUACAAAACCAAGAUAAGGGAUUAAGCUGGGAUUUCAGUUAUCCUGGAGGACUUGACUCGGUUUCACAAAAGCAGAGGCACCUAAGUUACCAUGGAGAUUUAUUCUGUGCAGCUAGCCUGCUCCUGACCAGGCUAACAGCCAGGCUAACAGCUAGCCUGCUCCUGACCAGGCUAACAGCCAGGAUGUAUUAAUCCUGGAGCCUUUUCUGUUCACUCAAAAGUGGUUUCACCUUAUUGUUAUCAGCCCGUAUUAAAAUAACACAUGUACAUGUUGCUGUUCAGUUAAAUACUGUUAUUUGAAUUUGUGACCAUUCUUUUUUUUAUAAUUAUUCAUGUGUCAUUGUUACUGUUAUAUUGCUGUAUGAAGACUGCUGUUCAUAUUGUUUUUAGAAGUUUGAUGAAUAUAUUACGGCAGUUGAGAUAAUAAAGGCUGAUAAAGUUGCAAAUGUGUUUUUUAAAUGAAGUCUGUUACUAAGGGCAAUAUAUAAAGUGCUGUGCAUGUGUUUCUAUAGUGGACCAAUGCACCUUAAUUAUUUUAGUUGAUACAUUUUUUUUUUGUUGUAUUCUUAAACUUUAAAGUAUUCAAUAAAUUGGCAUUCUUAGCACA